GCAUCUUGCCAAUAUUAUUUAAUCUUCACAAUAAGUUUGUAAGGUACUGUAUUGUUCCCAAUUUACAGAUGAGAAAACUGUGGUACAGAAUGUCCAAGGGAAAAAAGUUCACUAAACUUAACUAGUGGGAGGCCCAUAUCAAGGAUGUGGGAAGAAGAAGUUGAGAUAGUCACCAGCAAAGAGGAAGCCCAGGCCACUGUCACAGCACUGAUCCAAGCAGCUGGGUAGUAGGGAGGGGCUCAAGACAAAGGGGAUGGUUGUGUUCCAGAUUCUGCAAACAGGGCAGUAAAUGGGAAGACUGAGAAAAAGAUGGAGACUUUAACAAUUCAGUGGUCAUUUUCAAGGUCGUCUGGGGAUCUAGAGAACGAUGAGCAGGCAGCCAGUGCUAUCUCUGAGCUGGUCAGCACCGCUUGUGGUUUCCGGCUGCACCACGGCAUAAACGUCCCCUUCAAACGCCUGUCAGUGGUCUUUGGCGAACACACGCUGCUGGUGACCGUGUCAGGACAGAGGGUGUUUGUAGUAAAGAGGCAGAACCGAGUCCGGGAGCCCAUUGACAUCUGAGCCUGCGAGAGGGGUCGAAGGUGGAUUGGGUCCACGAGCCGCUUGUGAUGAGGAAGGCACAGCGUCCUCUGCCUCUUUCUUGGCUUGCAGCUAGAAGUAAGGCCUUCUACUCAUCCACUUCCUCACCCUACCUGGAAGGGCAAAGGCUUGGGGACUUUGCACAAUGUUAAGGAGAGGGAGAGCGAAGGGACUGCCCUCUUCCCUCGCUUCUUCCCUUCCUCCCUCCUAAUAAACAUAAAUCUGAUGUUCC